AUGGUUGAAGGCAUAGUAGGCAUUUCUGUCUGCCCAAAACAAGAACCUGUGGAGCAAGGAAUGGAAAAUAAGUUUGGCACGGAAAGGCACCCCGUUAAGCAAGUCUAUAUAAUCCCCAGGGAAGCCAUACCUCUAACACCACCGCUCUCUCUUUUCAACUCUUCUCCAUCCCCAGUAACAAAGCAUCCUUCAACCAUGUUAGAAGGCAAAGCCAUAGUUGGUGAGACUGACAUGCUUCAAACCAUGCAGCAGGAUGCACUUCACUUGGCUGCAAAGGCCCUUGAUACCUUUGACGUCACCGAGUCUACUGAUAUUGCCUGCUUCAUAAAGAAGGACUUUGACAGGGUGCAUGGACCAGGAUGGCAAUGCAUUGUAGGGAUGGAUUUUGGUUCGUUUGUGACCCAUUAUCGUGGCUGCUUCAUCCACUUCAGCAUAGGAAACCUAGCAAUCUUGCUUUUCAAGGGUUUGGGAAAUCAAGUAGAAGAUAGAGAGAAACUGCAUCCAACCCUGGAGAUUGUUGAUGCAUAA